AGAACGCAGGAGUGCGUGAAGAAGAAUCUCUCCCAAGGAUCUCGCUGCAAACUCAGAUCGUUUGGCGGAUAAUGUAUGUGCCAAAAUUUGUUAUUAUCGCACUGUUGAUGGUUUUAUUUAUUAUUCUUAAUUAUGAAUCUUAAAAAAGUCGUGUUAACAGCGAGGUAAAUUGCGUUUUAUUUAUUUUCUUAACCAAAGGAAACAAAUUCCCUCCUCUGACGACGUAUGUAUGUUAAUUUAAAUGAAUGUUUAAUAAUAAUUGUGAAAAAGGCGUUCAGUAGUUUCCACAAAUAUGCUAGGCUGAGUCUUCCGUAACAGUUAUUUCAGAAUACAUCUAUGGGCAUGGAUAUUCACCAUCAUCAUUUGCAACGCAGAGGUGCAGAGGGAGAUGAGCAGAAAGAGAGUAGCUGGAAAGAGAAGAGAACCCUCAGCAAGAGCUUUCGGGUUGUCAUACGACUGCGCCCCCAAGAGCAGAGGGACCCCCAAGCAGCAGACGAGACCAGAAGCUCCAUAAAGGUUGAGGAGCCGAAUCGGAUUGUUGUUGACACAGGCCGGGGCCACCAGCCGCACUCCUUGGAUUUUGAUGCGGUGUGGGGCGAGAACGCCACCCAGAAGGACGUCUACGAAUCCACGGCCAAGCCUCUGGUGGAGGCUCUCCUGCAGGGCUACAAUGGCUGCGUCAUCACCUACGGGUCCCCUGGGAGCGGCAAGUCCUACACUCUGCUGGGUGGCAGCCUCGCUGGCAAACAGAGGGGCAUUAUCAGCAGAGCCGCAGAGGACAUUUUCAACACAAUGGAGUCGCUGGACUGCAAGAUCAGAGUCUCCUUCAUUCAUGUGGCAAAUGAGAAGAUUUAUGAUCUUUUGGAAAGCCCACCAGCUGAGGUGAGUAGGAUCCAUGAGGGAGAGGAGAUGGUGUUUGUGGAGGGGCUGAAGGAGGUGGAGGUGGGCUCUGCUCAGGACCUGCUGCAGCUCUACAGGCGUGGGGCAGCUAACAGACACUCAGGGGGGUCAAAGGGUGAGUCUGCUAGCAAGGGCCACACUAUUUUCAACAUCAUCACCAUCAGCGCUAACCUCCCGGGAGGAGGCAACGGUAAAGGCCCGAAAAUGAGUGUACUGUCUGUCCAUUCAUCUCUUAAAUCAAACUCACCCUUCUGUGUAUGUUUUUUAGUGACGGAGGGGCAAGGGACAGUCAGCAAGCUUACCCUGGUGGAUCUGGCUAGCUCAGGAAAAGCACUCCCUUGCAGUAGUGCCCUCGUAGAGGGGAAAAGAUCUUUCCACGCAACUCAGGAAAACCGCCAAGAAGCCAAGAUACUCAAGCGGUCCCUCACAAUAUUUGGAAAUGUGAUUUUUGCCCUUAGCAGCAGUGCCUGUCAGCAUGUACCAUAUCGAGAGUCCAAGCUGACAAGGAUUUUGAGGGACUGUUUAGGGGGAAACUGCCAGACCUGUCUGAUCGUGGCGGUGUCGUCCAACCUGAUGUCCGUCACAGAGACGCUCAGCAGCCUCCAGUUUGCCUGCCGAGCCAUGGCCAUUCCCAGCCGCGCGGUGCGCGCCUCCCAGCUCCGCUGCUCACCUGUGCAGAUGCAGAGUGUGAAGGAAAAGGCCAGAGCCAGCCCAGGCAGACACUCUGUGCAGCUGCCGUGUGCCCCUGACACAAGGGGUGUCCAGUCCCAGACCAGCCUGCCCCCCAUCCAGCCCGGCCCAGCACAGAGCUCUGCGCCCUGGCAGAGGCCGGCGGAGGAGGGGGACCAGCGGGCCUUCCUGCCGCAGUUGGACAGGCCAGGGCCGGGGGAGGCCCCCGCCCCCGCCGCCCCCGUGGCGCUGGAGUGCCCCAACUGCAAGCGGGAGAGGAAGAUCAGGGAGGAGUACGACAAGUACAUCAUCCAGGCCCGGAGAGAGAGGGACAGCCUGAGCCAGCGCGUGGGCCAGCUGGAGGCCGAGCUCCUGCAGAGGGGGGGCGAGGGGAGGGAGGCCGGCUGCCCCGCCGUUCCGUCCGCCGCGAGAACCAGAGCGGCAGCACAGGCGGCCCCCGGACCCCAGGGUGAGGGUUCGGACAGUGCCGUGUGUGGGCGGAGAGCAGCAGAGAGGCAGAGGAGGAUGACGAAGAGCACAGGCAGCCAAACUGAGCUGGCUCCCCCAGAAGAGGAAAACGAUCGCCUGAAGGAGCAGAUUGAGAGCUUGCGGAGGGAGGCGGAGGCUCUCCGGGGGCAGCUGGAGGAUCGCUGGGGGAAGGAGCGGGCCCUGGAGAGGGGCGGGGCGGCCCGAGAGGCCGAGGAGCUGAGCACCCAGCUGGACCGAGGCAGGGAGAAGGACAGACAGCAGCUCCGCCUCCUGCAGAAACAGAAGGUACGUGGGGAAACGGAGAGGAGGACCAGCGGCCGAACCGCACCCGAGACGCCGUCAGCCCUCCCAAUUGAGACCGUCCCUGGGAAACGCCAGAGCUGGCCACAGUCCUCUGGCGCGGCCUGGAUUCUAUACCAGACUGCGGGCCCAGCCACAGAGAACCUGAUGUCGGAGCUGCAAGAUUCCAAAGCGGAGCAUGACCGCUUUAAAGAGGAUGUUGUUCUCACUGUGACUGGCUUGCAAAAACAGAAGAAGGAAUUGUUGUCUGAAAUAGAGGAAACAAAAAUAUUUUGCGAUAAGAUCAGGGCUGAGAAUGCAAGUCUGAGGGAACAGGUGGAGGCUCUCCUGGCGGAGCUGAGAUCCAGGCCCCGCCCAGAUGCCCACGCCCGCCCAUCGGCCCCUCACGUCCACACGGUCACCACGAACACGGAGAUGCUGGUGGUCUCGCACCACGUCUCCCAGCAGUGCGCCACGGGCGCUGGAACAGAAGGCGGAUGCUUCUUCACUGGCUGUACCGGUUUCCCGAGCUCCAGUUUUCCUGGAAAGCAACCCGAGUAUUCCACAAUGAAAGACAUUGAUGACAGCCUGCCCAAAAUGAAAGACAUAUUUAAGCAGCUAAAGAGAGAGCACGGUCUGCUGCUGGACGUGAUGCUGGUCCUGUACAGGCGGGGCUGGUUUGCGGAGGACGCCGUUCCGUACGUCAGGAGGACCCUGAGGAAGUGCGGGAUGAGACUGAAGGACAUGGACUGAGCGACCGAGCGCGUGCUCUCCUCUUAUCCAACGAGCAGCGAGAGCAUCCACGCUCACAGACACGCGCUAGCACGGUCAUAUCAGAGAGAGGCUACACCACGUAGGGACAGGCCCUAAACAUGCUUUAUACAUGUUAAAAACUGAUUAUGGAAAAAAUAGGACCGACAGUAUUUAUGUCUUCAAAUGUAUUUUUUAAAUGUUUUUUUUUUGUUUAUUUCUCAGAAAAGUUUUGGGUUCACAUAUUUAGCCAUUGAGAGACAUUUGUCUUCUAAAUUCAUCAUUUUGGCCAAAUCUGUUGGUAUACAUAAAUGUUAACAGGGGCAUUGUUUCGCUGGUUAAGUAAUUGCCGACUACACUGUAGUUGUGUAUGUAUUUGUAGGGUAUCUGCAUUUCUUGAAGUGGAUAAGUCUGUCAAAACCUGAUAAACCUGUAACUAACUGCCAUGCAUGACCUGACCAUGCCUUUCCUCAAUAUCAAUGGACUAAUUUAUAAAGAGGACCCAUAACUUUGUUUAUGUGAGAAAAAUGCUGCUGAUAAACUGCUGUCUCUGCUCCUCAUAAGUGGUGGAAGGUGCUGCAUUAAGCUGGUGCCAGUCACGGUCAAGCCUGAAUUUGUGCUGGCUGAUCUCAUGCAGGAGGCAGCUGCCAGUUCUUUGGCAAGUUGUAGCUCUGCACAGCUCUCCUGUGCCUGUUCUCCCAGCAGACAGCGCCCUCUGUUGGCCAUUAGGGCUGGGCGAUAUGGAUUAAAUAUCAUGAUAGUUUUGACCAAAUACCUCGAUAUCGAUAUUGUGAUGAUAUUGUGGGGAUGACCAUUGGUACUUUCACAAAAUUACACAGUGAGAUUUUUGAUAAAUAAUUAUCAGUAAUGCCUA